UGCAGCCGCCCGCCUGUCACCGGGAGACAGUCCACUUAAAUGCAGCUCCAGGGUUGCGGGACACCCACCAGCAUCACUCCCCGUGUGAGGUGGCAAAUGCAACAUGCUGUCCAGCUUGGGGUGUCUCCUUCUCUGUGGAAGUUUUGCACUAGCCCUGGGAAAUGCACAGAAAUUGCCAAAAGGUAAAAGGCCGAGCCUGAAAGUCCACAUCAACACCACAAGUGACUCUAUCUUCUUGAAGUUCCUGCGUCCAAACCCUAAUGUAAAACUGGAAGGUUUUCUUCUGGGAUAUGGCAGCAAUUUAUCACCAAAUCAGUACUUCCCUCUUCCGGCGGAAGGGAAAUACACCGAGGCGGUAGUCGAUGCAGAGCCUAAAUAUCUGAUUGUCGUGCGACCUGCUCCUCCACCAAGUCAAAAGAAGUCAUGCUCAGGCAAAACACGCUCUCGCAAGCCUCUCCAGCUGGUGGUUGGCACUCUGACACCAAGCUCCGUCUUCCUGUCCUGGGGUUUCCUCAUUAACCCACACCAUGACUGGACAUUGCCGAGUCACUGUCCCAAUGACAGAUUUUAUACAAUUCGCUAUAGAGAAAAGGAUAAGGAAAAGAAAUGGAUUUUUCAACUCUGUCCAGCCACUGAAACAAUUGUAGAAAAUCUAAAGCCCAACACGGUUUAUGAAUUCGGAGUGAAAGACAAUGUAGAAGGUGGAAUAUGGAGUAAGAUUUUCAAUCACAAGACUAUUAUUGGAAGUAUAAACAAAGUAAACGGGAAAAUUCAAAGUACCUAUGACCAAGCAAACACAGUGCCAGCAUAUGUCCCAAGGAAGCUGAUCCCAAUAACAAUCAUCAAGCAAGUGAUUCAGAAUGUUACUCACAGAGCUUCAACUAAAUCCCCAGAUAGGACUCCCAUUGGAGGAACAAUACUGGUCCACCUUGUUAUUCCUGGUCUUAAUGAAACCACCGUAAAACUUCCUACAUCCAUAAUGUUUGAGAUUUCAGAAGCAAUCAAGACACAAUUAGCUAAGAAUGAAACUUUGGCAUUACCAGCUGAAUCUAAAACACCAAAGGUAGAAAAAAUCCCAGCACAGCCCAUAACAGUGACUCCUGACUCAGUUCCAGGAACCACUAAAUCCACUGUGUCUAGUGCAUUAGAUAUUUCAGAAACAACACUGGUUCUCAGCGAAAAGACCCCGGAAAGAUCGCAAACUAUUCUAAUACCUAGGUUUGAGUUACCACUGAGCACUCUAGCUCCGAAAAGACUUCCAGAAUUUCCUCAGGCAAAAACACCCUUCCCUUUUGAGAAACCUGGGGGCGCCUUGGCUUCGAGUGAAAAGCCAUGGAUUGCACCUAUAACUAAAACAUCUGAGGAUUCCAAAGUUUUACCACCUCAAACUGCAGCUUAUGAUGUUUUCUCAAGCCCUACAACGUCAGAUGAGCCUGAAAUAUCAGAGCCCCACACAGCAACAACGGAUCCAUUUCUGGAUUCUGUCCCACCUAAAACUUCUAGAACUCUUGAACAGCCAAGGGCAACACUGGCUCCAAGUGAAACGCCAUUUAUUCCUCAAAAACUGGAAAUCAUUACCAGUCCUGAAAUGCAACCUACAACACCUGCUCCCCUGCAAACUACACCUAAACGACGCCUCAGGCCCAAACCACCAAGAACCAAGCCUGAAAGAACCAAAAGUCCUGGAACAACUACUUCUAAACUUUCUGUGAGCCCUGAACCUACAUGGACCACACUGGCUCCCAGUAAAACACAAUUUAUUUCUUUGAAACCUAAAAUCCCUCUGAGCCCAGAAGUGACACACGUCAAACCUGCCCCAGAACCUCUGACUCCAACACCAUCACAGUCAACAAUAGCCUUAGAACCUGGAACACUGGAAACCAAACCUUCAACAACAACAUUAGCUCCACCAAAGACCAAACGACCAGGUCGUCGCCCCCGCCCUAAAACCACACGUAGUCCAGAUGUGCCCAAGUCCAAACCUGCUCUGCAACCUGCUACGGUACAACCGGAGCUCUGGGUGCCCACAGUCGAUUCAAAACCACCAAAGCAAUUACUUCCUAAACCCCAAACCACAGCAAAACCAGAUAUGCCAUCAACUAAAUCCGGCUUUGAGCCUGUUACAUUGGAGGCUGGAGCUCCUUCCAUAACCAUAGUUCCUGCCACAGACAUUGAACCUGAAAGUCUGAGAACUGAGGCUCCCUGGACAACAUUAGCUCCAAAAACAUCAAAACGACCAAGAACACGUCCUCCACGUCCCAAACCUUCAAAACGUCCCAAACCUUCAAAACCUCCCAAACAUCCCAAACAUGAAACCACGCCGAGCCCAGAGGCACCUGCGACCGCACUAGACAUUGAACCUGUCACUCCUGGGACAUCUUUAGCUCCAACAACAACAAAGAGACCCCGUCGUCCACGUCCCAAACCUAAAAAAACCACACCCCAUCCAGAAGUACCUCAGAUUCCACUGGUUCCUGCCACAAUCUUUGAACCAGUUGUUCCUAGAACCGAGGCUCCUGGAACAACACUAGCUCCCAAAGUGCCUGAACAAACUCACCAUCCACGUCCCAAACCUAAAACCACACCAAGUCCUGCAGCUCCUCAGACUGAACUAGCUCCUACUCUAGUCCUGGAACCAUUUAUUCCUAUAAAAGAGGCUCCAGGGACAGCAUUUGUUCCUAUUACAGACCUCGGACCCGUUACUUUUACAACUGAGACCUCUGGGACAACAUUAGCUACCAAAGCAUCAAAAAGACCCCAUCGUCCACAUCUCAGACCUAAAACUACACUGAGCCCUCAAGUACCUCAGACCAAACCUGUUUCUGCUACAGUCCUGGAACCUGUCACUUUUAGACCAGAGGCCACAGGAACAACAUUUGUUUCCAAACCAUCACAGCGGAAGGGUCGUCCAUGUCCCAGACCAAAAACCACACCAGGUCCUGAAACACCUGAGUCCAAACCAGUUUCUACUGCAGACUUUGAACCAGUAACGUUCAGAACUGAGGCUUGGGUGACAACACAAGCUCCUAAGCCAUCAAAACGGACCCGUCGUCCACGUCCUAAACCUAAAACCACACCAACUACUGAGGCACCUCAAACCAAAUUGGUUCCUAUUACAGAUCUUGAGCCUGGUACUCCUAGAACUGAAGCUCCAGAAAUCGUAGUUCCCACUACAGGCUUUGAACAUGUUAUUCAUAGUUCUGAGGCUCCAGGAACAUUAGCUCCUACUGAUCUUCAAACUCUUAUUUUGAGACCAGUGACAUCACCAAGUCUAGAAAUGACACAAAGUCAACCUGUUUCUGAAGGCCUGGAAUUUGUUACAUUUAGCACUGAGUCAUCAGAGGGAGCUAGAGCAUCAGCCGAGACAGAUUAUGUAGAUCCCACUUCCAAAGCACCACUCAGGCCAGAGGAGCCAAAGACUGAAGUUGUGGAAUCUAUUACAAAUGUGUCUGAACCACCCGAGACCGCGUUAGCUCCCAAGCAGACAGCGCGCACUCCUCCCAAAGCAAAAACAUCUCCACGUCCAAGAGUCCCUCAGACACAGCCAGCUCCUAAGGUGUUCCAGCGUGUUACUUCAAAACCAAAAAUGUCACCAAGGCCAGAAGCGUCAUAUACUCCACCUGUUCCAGGAGACGUGCUCCGUCCCCAGAAACCAGACCACGAAGUCUCUCAGAGAGAACCUGUUCUGCAGCCCGUUACCUUUAGAAUUGAUCCGCCAGAGACAACAAUAGCUCCUUUAGAGACCCGAAGCAGCCCUUUCAUCCCUAUGAUUUCACCAAGUUCUAGUCAAGAGGAUCUACAAACCGCUCUGGAAACAGACCAAUCCACCCAAGAGCUCUUCACAACUAAGAUUCCACGAACAACUGAAUUGGCAAAGACAACUCGGGCACCACAUAGAUUGUACACUACUCCUGGGAGGCCCAAAAUACCAGAAAAACCACCCCUCAGACCUGUUCUGAAUAAGACAACUACAAGACCUACUAGACCCAAACCCAAUGGGAUGCCCAAAGGGACUGAAAUGGGAACAGGGGUCAAGCAACCACCAAAGCCAUCAGGUGCUGGUAGAAAUGCGUCCAUGGACUCUACCCACUUCACAAAAAAACCAGCCAUAAUUCCAGGCACUCGCCGCCCACCCUUGCCACCUAGACCUACGCCCCCUCGAAGAAAACCAUUACCACCAAAUAAUGUCACUGGAAAGCCAGGAAGUGCAGGGAUCAUUUCCUCAGGCCUAGGAACUUCCCCACCCCUGAGGGCAACACUCAGGCCUACCGGACCCACCUCAGAGAGAACAGAGAGAGACAAAAAGGAACCAACAGCUCCCGCCUCAGGAGAAGAUCUUGGUGAUAUAACUGACUUUAGCUCAAGUCCAACAAGAGAAACUGAUCCUCUUGGGAAGCCCAGAUUCAAAGGGCCUCAUGUGCGAUACAUUCAGAAGCCUGACAACAGGCCCUGCUCCAUCACCGACUCCAUCAAACGGUUCCCCAAAGAGGAGCCCCCAGAGGGGAAUGCCACCAGCCCGCCGCAGAACCCACCCUCCAACCUCACCGUGGUCACCGUGGAAGGAUGCCCCUCAUUUGUCAUCUUGGACUGGGAAAAGCCACCCAAUGACACGGUCACUGAAUAUGAAGUUAUAUCCAGAGAAAAUGGGUCAUUCAGUGGGAAGAACAAGUCCAUUCAAAUUACAAAUCAAACCUUCUCCACCGUAGAAAAUCUAAAGCCAAACACAAGCUAUGAAUUCCAGGUGAAACCAAAAAACCCACUUGGAGAAGGCCCACCCAGCACCACAGUGGCAUUCAGUACUGAAUCAGCGGAUCCGAGAGUGAGCGAGCCAGUUUCUGGAGGAAGAGAUGCCAUCUGGACAGAAAGACCCUUUGAUUCAGACUCUUACUCAGAAUGUAAAGGCAAACAGUAUGUCAAAAGGACUUGGUAUAAAAAGUUUGUAGGGGUACAGCUAUGCAACUCUCUUAGAUACAAGAUUUAUCUGAGCGACUCCCUCACAGGAAAAUUUUAUAACAUAGGCGAUCAGAGAGGCCAUGGAGAAGAUCACUGCCAAUUUGUGGACUCGUUUUUAGAUGGACGCACAGGACAGCAACUGACUUCUGAGCAGUUACCCACAAAAGAAGGCUUUUUCAGAGCAGUUCGCCAGGAACCUGUCCAAUUUGGAGAAAUCGGUGGUCACACCCAAAUCAAUUACGUUCAGUGGUAUGAAUGUGGGACCACAAUUCCUGGAAAAUGGUAGAUGCUGCAAUCGUGUUCACAAGUGCCUUGUUUCAUCGUGGCAAAAAAUAAUUGCAAACACUAUGGUAUUUGUCACAUUCAUUUAAAGCUGUUCUGUUUACUAUGUAUAAAAGUUUAAAAUCUAAUUGAUAGCAGUAUUAGAUGUUUUUAUUAGAAAAAUUGCUGAGAAUAUUUAUCAGGUUUUAAAAAAUCAUUUUAAUAAAGCAAGAUAUUAACAGAGUAACAUUUUUCUGGGGAAGCUGGCUCCCUAUUCAUGGUAUUUUAAGAGAUUUUUUGUAUAUUAUUUAUCACAAUGUUGUAAUGUUUUGAGAUACUUUUAUAACAAAAUUAACAUCAAAAACUAAUAUACUUUUUAAAAAAUGUUUACUUUUAUUAAUGUGUAUUCUUCCUACUGGUGAGUUAAUUCCAUAAAUCUCUCUUUGGUUUAACUUAUUAGAUCAGAUUAACUUUAGCAUAUAUAUCUGGGGGUAAAAUUCACAUGUUUAUUUAAACUUCAGUUUUUUAGCAAUAAUUGAAUAUCUUUUCUGAAUGUUUAAAUAAACAUUUAUGUGAAUAUACAUUGCCUCAAAUAUUUUUAAAUUAUUAAAAAGUAAAUUUCAUUUCAGCUAAAAAUAGAAUUGAGAAUGACAUACUGUUUCAAAAAUACACAUUUUUUCUUACUAUACUCAAUUAUAUAUUACAAUAUCUGAAUAUACUUUGUCAAACUAUUCUUUCAAGCAACUGUCUUUGUACUGUUUUUAAUAUAAUUCUAAACAAGUUGUAUGAAGAAAAUGAAUGUGAAGUCUGAGCUCAAAAAGAUAACAUAUGAUGAGAUCGCUGCCAUUUUACAGGAUACUUACUACAUUUUUACACAUAAGACUUCUAGGAAUGAAUGUAUCAGAAGAUGUUUUCAGUCUAACUUAACCUGUACUGACUCAGACUCAUUUUUAUUUAAAAAGGUAUUUUCCUCAUUUGGAGAGGGAGGUGGGAAUGCUGCAUUGUUGCCCUCAUUCUGAGAGGAUCCUUUCAACAUGCUUCAAUUUUAUCAAUGCUACAUUCUGUACUUUUCAAACAAGUAGAAACUGCAAUAAAGAGAUAUAGUGUUUUUUUUAA